ACUACAUUAUUAUUUAGCCCACACCUAUUUUGGAAUCAUUUCAAUUAUUUCGUAAGUGAGUACAAGCAGUUAAAAUAUUUAAAAAUGUCAGAAGAAACAAUUAUGUCAAUGAAUGAUCCGGCAAUUAAAAUUGAACCACCCGAAUAUUCAGAAGAAGACAUUAAACACGAAAUUCAGGAUGAUAUUGAUGUUUCUGAUGAUAUUGUUAAAUCUGAAUCGUGUUCUGCGGAUGAUGAAACCUGUUUAGAAAGAUUUAUGAACUCUGAAGUGACUAUCGAAGAAGAAGUCAAACAGGAGCUAGUUGAGACAUCAGCUUAUGAAGACAUUAAACACGAAAUUCAGGAUGAUAUUGAUGUUUCUGAUGAUAUUGUUAAAUCUGAAUCGUGUUCUGCGGAUGAUGAAACCUGUUUAGAAAGAUUUAUGAACUCUGAAGUGACUAUCGAAGAAGAAGUCAAACAGGAGCUAGUUGAGACAUCAGCUUAUGAAGACAUUAAACACGAAAUUCAGGAUGAUAUUGAUGUUUCUGAUGAUAUUGUUAAAUCUGAAUCGUGUUCUGCGGAUGAUGAAACCUGUUUAGAAAGAUUUAUGAACUCUGAAGUGACUAUCGAAGAAGAAGUCAAACAGGAGCUAGUUGAGACAUCAGCUUAUGAAGACAUUAAACACGAAAUUCAGGAUGAUAUUGAUGUUUCUGAUGAUAUUGUUAAAUCUGAAUCGUGUUCUGCGGAUGAUGAAACCUGUUUAGAAAGAUUUAUGAACUCUGAAGUGACUAUCGAAGAAGAAGUCAAACAGGAGCUAGUUGAGACAUCAGCUUAUGAAGACAUUAAACACGAAAUUCAGGAUGAUAUUGAUGUUUCUGAUGAUAUUGUUAAAUCUGAAUCGUGUUCUGCGGAUGAUGAAACCUGUUUAGAAAGAUUUAUGAACUCUGAAGUGACUAUCGAAGAAGAAGUCAAACAGGAGCUAGUUGAGACAUCAGCUUAUGAAGACAUUAAACACGAAAUUCAGGAUGAUAUUGAUGUUUCUGAUGAUAUUGUUAAAUCUGAAUCGUGUUCUGCGGAUGAUGAAACCUGUUUAGAAAGAUUUAUGAACUCUGAAGUGACUAUCGAAGAAGAAGUCAAACAGGAGCUAGUUGAGACAUCAGCUUAUGAAGACAUUAAACACGAAAUUCAGGAUGAUAUUGAUGUUUCUGAUGAUAUUGUUAAAUCUGAAUCGUGUUCUGCGGAUGAUGAAACCUGUUUAGAAAGAUUCAUGAACUCUGAAGUGACUAUCGAAGAAGAAGUCAAACAGGAGCUAGUUGAGACAUCAGCUUAUGAAUGUGACAUUUGUAAUCAAUCAUUUGCAGAAUCUGAUCAAUUAAAAGAGCAUAUGGUCGAUCACAAGCCUAGUAAUAGCAAAGAAACGUUCAAAUGCGAAAUCUGUCAUAAGACUAUCAAACAUAAAGGUUAUCUGAAAACUCACAUGCUGAUUCACAAAGGAAUACGACCCCAUCAAUGCGAUGUUUGUAAUAAGACUUUCACACAAUCAGAUUCUCUGAAAAGACACAUGCUCAUUCACAUUGGUGAGCGCCCCCAUAAAUGCCUUAUAUGCAACAAGACUUUCAGACAAUCAGGUAAUCUGGAUAAACACAUGCUGAUUCACAAAGGAAUACGCCCCCAUCAAUGUGAUGUAUGUAAUAAGACAUUCACACAAUCAAGUCAUCUGAAUAAACACAUGAUCAUUCACAAAGGAAUACGACCCCAUCAAUGCGAUGUUUGUAAUAAGACUUUCAUACAAUCAGAUUAUCUGAAAAAACACAUGCUGAUUCACAUUGGUGAGAACCCCUACGUUUGUAGUAUAUGCAAUAAAACAUUCACACAAUCAGGUAAUCUGAAUAAACACAUGCUGAUUCACAAAGGAAUACGCCCCCAUCAAUGCGAUGUAUGUAAUAAAACAUUCACACAAUCAAGUAAUCUGGAAAAACACAUGCUGAUUCACAAAGGAAUACGCCCCCAUCAAUGUGAUGUAUGUAAUAAGACUUUCACACAAUCAGGUUCUCUGAAAAAACACAUGCUGGUUCAUAAAGGAAUACGCCCCCAUCAAUGCGAUGUUUGUAAUAAGACUUUCACAGAAUCGAGUGGUUUGAAAUGUCACAUGCAAAUUCACAAUGCAGUACCCCGCAAUGAAUGCAAUGUUUGUAAUAAGACAUUCACGGUGUUAGGUAAUCUCAAACGUCACAUGAAAAUUCACAAUUGAAUUCAUCUCGAUGAAUGCAUUAUUUGUAAUAAUAAAUUCACACAAUUGAGUCUUCUGCAAAGACAUAUGCUGAUUUAUCAUAGAAAGCAUCCUUGAAAAUA